UAAUCUUGUAAAACAUAAUAGUGGGUAUGUCACGAUUCCCCCUUGAAGCAGCGUGCUCGAAGCGCGAAUGCGCGAGCACCUGCUUUUCCGCUGUUGACCGUAGGGACAUCGGGACACGUGGGUUUUGUUUAUGUCUGUCAUGUCUCCUCCCUGUUCCGUCAUUGGCUGGGAAGUCACGUGUGUCCGGAUUACCCUCAGCUGUUAGCAGUUGCGAGGGUAAUCAUGUCCGCAUAUAUACCGCGCGCUUCCCAGCACACAACGCGGAAGAUUAAGUAGAUUUCUGCUCUCCAUCACCUCAGACACCUCACACACUCCUCUCACACUCCUCCACUGUGUAUCAGGAUGAAGCUCCUCGCUCUGGUGCUCCUGCUCUCUGCUUUCUCCUCACUGGCUCUGUCAGAAGUUGUGAAGGGUUUUGACAGGUCUAGGUGUUCUGAGUUCUUCAUCCGAAGCCCGAAUAAAAAAACCAUCAUCACCCCGACUGUUUUCAAGGGGCAUCAGUUUAAGCAGAUUUGUCAGUUCUGGAACAGUAAAUACAGAUUUGCAACACUCUAUGACACAGAGCGGAGGAUCCCCGUCUACUCAGCCUACACAUUCUCUGGUCAAAAAGAGUCCAUGAAUCUGUCUCUUUCUAAAAAUAUCCGAAAUGAAGAGUGGAAAAAUGAGCCUCAGCUGGAAAACAAUAAGAACAGUCCAGACAUGAAGAAGAUCUCUGAUGCUGAGAUGAACGAGUUUGUUCACCAGGCUGUGGACAGAGACUAUAAAGAGAGCGGAAAAUAUACUAAUAUCGCUUAUACUAGAGGUCACGUGUUUCCACGUCAGUAUGCUGCUGAUGAGGAUCAGGCAGAUUCCACCUUCACGUUUACCAAUGUAGCACCACAAACACAACAUAGCAAUGGCAAAUGGGCAGAACAAGUAGAGACACCAAUGAUGAAAGACAUAGAGAAAAAGUGCACGGAAAAUCGUACAAAAAAAACAGCCUAUAUAGUUACUGGAGUGGUUCCAGGAAAUAAAUGGAUAGCCAUAACAAGAAUUGAAAAAAAUAAACCUAAAACAUUUGACAAAGGUGUUAACAUUCCCAGUUAUUACUGGACUGCUUUCUGUUGUGACAUCAAUAAGAAGGAAAGAUUUUCAAAGGCCUACCUCUCUCGGCAAAAUGAACCAAACAACAAGACUUAUGAAUUAAGUGAGAUGAGUGUUGAUUUGCUGAAUGAACACCUCAGCACAUUGUAUAAACAAGAUUUCAGUGUUUUUGGCGGUUUGUGUAAGACUUCAUACCGUCCGAGCUCAUUCCCUCUAGUUCUCUAGUUAGACCUAAAACUGCUUCAUCCACUUCUUCCAAAAGCAAAAACAAUGAAAACGUUUUAAUGAAGCAGAGCUGCUUUGGUGUGCUUUACUCUGCUUGUAGAAACACUUAUCCUGCUUUGUGCUUUAGGGAUCGUAUAGCUCUUUAAUGGUGAGAGAUGUAAAGAAUAAAACACAGCAUGUGUGGUGGUGUUGUAGUAAAAUAAUCAGUGACGGGGUGGUGUGACACAGUGGAGUUACCGCUACACACUGAUUACUGAUUAGUUUCUAAUAACAGCACGUCCCAAAGUGUUUGAUUCUUCUCAUACCACAGCAAUUUGUUACAGUUACAAUUUUGUGUUAAACAAUGACAUCACACUUUUUAUCCAUUUGUAGUUGCAUUUACUGUUUUUGAAACAAGUUAUGUGGUAGCCAUGUUUUGGGGUUUUUUGACGUAUUUCUGUAACGUAAAUACAUUUCACUCUGUUAAUUUUAUCCUGCAGAUAUUUAAUAAA